AUGACGGAUUCCACGGCCGCUUCCGAUAGUGCGCCGGCCAAUGCCGCCAGCAGUGUUGAGUUCGCCGUGUUUUCUGCUGUCAACGAGGCCGCCGUUCACCUGCUCGAGACCAUCCAGUGCAGAUCAUCCCCCCCAACCCUCAAGAGCGACGAGAACGAGAUUGGGUAUCGGUUAUCGAUCAAACUUCCAUGCGAUGAGGCCAGACCCGAGGAGUUCAGAUGGAGCAUUGGAGCCGGUCCAUCUCCGGCCAUGAUCGAAAAGCGCUUGUGCCGCCACCGUCAACCAGAUAUUCUACUGUGUCCGCCGGGGAGGACGCCCAGCUCUGCAGCAGUCCGCAGGUUCAUCAAGGACAUGCACGCCAUGGUCCAUUUCCAUCCUCAAUCCGGCGUCUUGCUGCUCAGGUCGAUUUCUGGUCGACCCAUCAUCUACGAACAGGGUGACGUUGGUGACGAGGAUCUGAUACUGGAUGUGAUGGCGCAUCAAAGCACGUGCGUCCUUAGAAGGAAGCGAAAUCUUCUUCGUUUCGGCGAAUACCGCUUUGCUUUGGAAUUUGUCACCACAGAAGAAGACCGCGAUCAAAUUAUAGCGCAGCUGGACAAGAAUCUCUAUUGCUGCUAUAAUGGUUCCCCACCCUCUCAACUGCUCAACUUCAUGCCCACAUCCCACCCUGAGACCUCCUGGAACGUUUGGCUACACCAAAGGAUUCCAAAUACGUCGGUAAUGGCAGGCGUCCAUAUCAUCACGGGGCAGCCAGUUGCAGUGAAGGAGCUACAAGUGAACUCUCGGACAAGAGAGCAUAUCCUUGAUCGCCUCCAGGUCGUCUCUCAGUAUUCCGGCAAAUCGGAGCAGGGCGUCCUCGGCAUCAUCGACACUUGGUGCGGCCAUGAUACAUCGCCCCCAUGUCAUUUCAGCGAAAACGAGACAUCCGAUCACUGCCAUCAACUAUUUUAUUCCAUGCCCCUAGCCAAAUACACCUUUCUUAAUAUGCCUUGGGCUGAAGUUCAACCCAAAACUCGUCUCCUUUUCUUCUACCAGACUCUUGUUGGGCUCGCCGAGCUUCAUCGACAGGGUAUUAUACAUGGAAACAUUCGACCGGACUCGCUGUUUGUACUGCCGAGUAUCCAACCCUCACCGACGGCAGAUCGCUCCGUGCCUAAAAAGGCGGUUAUUUCACUUUGCAUGAAACAGACGGCUACGCCAAAUCCGAGCAUAUGUGUUGCCCCGGAGAUCUGGUGCCAAGUGUCUGAGGACAGAGCAAAAGCUGACAUCUGGGCGCUUGCUGCCUCUUGGCUUUCCGCUUACUUUCAGCUCCCCAGUGGCGUCAAGGUGACCAGGGAGUCUUACCAUAGCCUACAAAAGAACAUUGAUGCUCAGACCAAGAAGCGCAAUUUCAAGGGGCCAUUCGCCACAUUACUGCGGAAAAUGCUCGCCUGGGAGCCUGCUGACCGACCAGGCGCCGAAGCAUUGCUUGCAGAUGUGAUCUGGCAACCUGUGCUUGCGCGAGCUCAAGCAAUCGAGUCGAGUAGGAAGCGAAAGCGAAUGGAGAGGAUACAUCAGUCCUUCACGCGGCCUAGGAGAGUAAGGCUGCUAUCUCCCGAUCAUACCUAA